CACAUGCAGUAAUUCCAGCUCACUUGGUAGCCGAAGCAAUUUCCACACUCCAUGGCCUUGAUCUAAGAUGGUCAGGACCAAUUACGCCCAGCGAAAUGCAAUAUGUACAGCAAUAUGUCUUUGCAAAGUAUCCUGAGUACUCCAAUGGCCUCGUGGAAGAAGGAGACGAGAUUGAUCUGUACAAAAUCUGCGUCAACGAAGAGUCUUCAGAGAACAUGCUUGAGGACGGCAGGGGAAAGUCCCCCAAGAACAUCGGCGCAAGGGAGUCAUCUUCGCCUUCUUUUGGCAGUUCUACCGCUGAUUUGGACAGAAAGCAACUGGAGCCCUCAAGAUUACUUGACAUCCUCAGUAAGAAGACUUCUCUUCAGGGGAAUUUUAUUUCAAUCCCUGAAAUACAAGUUCGUAAUCGAGCCUUGCAGCAGUGUGGGCUAAAAGAAGAAGAAUACUUGGUUCUUUUCGCUCCUACCGUCAAAGAAGCCACCAUGCUGAUAGGAGAGUCGUACCCUUUCUUCAGAGGGAACUACUAUAUGACCAUCCUUGGAGAAGAAACUGAUUCCAUAAGGACAUAUGUCGCAUCCAAGGACUCUAAGACUAUCGUAGCACCAGAGACUUGGUUGGACUUGAGGAUUAAGGGUUCACAGCUUAGCCAGUACUUCAGGAGAAAGUGUAAAUACAAUCCAAAAGGUCUUUUUGCUUACCCUGCUUAUGUUAACGACACCCGUCACUCGAUGCAUUGGAUCUCGGAAGCACAUAGGAAUUCUUGGCAUGUACUUUUUGAUGCAACUGCAUUGGAUUUUGGGAAAGAUCGGCUGACCCUUGCGCUACACAGGCCUGAUUUUGUGUUAUGUACAGUUGAGAGUACACGUCCUCAGCCGUCCAGAAUCACUUGCCUCUUAGUAAGAAGAAAAUCAUUCGACACCUCAGCACCUUCAGCUUAGCAGCAGCUCCUGGAUGACUUUUUGUAAGUGGUGCGAGGCAGAAACCAGCUGUGUACCAUUUUACUUAUUUCCGAGAACGAGGAGUCGUUGUAAAAUGAUUAGACUAUCCGCUCUUUCUAUGAGGGGCGAAACAAAGAGCAGUUUCUUGUUAUCAUUGCCUGCCUUAUUUCAAGAU